GCGAGUGGUAUUUGAUGGGGCGACGGUCGAUGAUCUGUGUUUGGACUUCACACUGCCGGGCCAUCCAUCCAUUGAAUUGGUUCCCGACGGAAAGAAUGUGGCAGUCACAUCCGACAACGUGACCGACUAUGUAGAGGCUGUCGUACAGUACACACUCGUAGACGGCGUCCGAGAGCAGAUGAUGGCCAUGAG